UGGCGGUUCUCUGAAGCCGUUUCCGGUAUCACAAGGCGUUUGGGAAAUGAAGCAAAGAGGGAAGUUGUCUUUGGGAUAUUGUGGGUAAUUGUUAAUCCGCGUUAUACUUUUCAUGAAAGCUGUCAGCUGACGGCAUACUUUUACGAGGUUGACAUCAUCGCGCGCUGAUUUAAGUAAAUAAUGGCUCAGGCUGCAGGAAGACAGAGCUUGCCGGCGACUGAGCUUCCCAAACUGCAGUUUGUUCCUUUUAGUAGUGCCUUAGAUGCGGGCUUUUGGCAUGAGCUGACUCAGAAGAAGCUGAAUGAGUACAAGUUGGAUGAGACUCCAAAAACGAUCAAGGGAUACUACUAUAAUGGAGACCCUGCUGGUAUGCCAGCUCGUUUAACACUGGAAUUUAGUGCUUUUGAUGUGAAUGCCCCAACACCAGCACAUUGCUGCCCUGCAGUUGGAACACUGUAUAAUACCAACACCUUGGAGGCAUUCAAAUCAUGUGAUAAGAAGUUUCUUCUUGAGCAAGCAGCAAAUGAGAUAUGGGAUUCAAUAAAAUCAGGUGAGGCCAUUGAAAAUCCUGUCUUGCUAAACAGAUUUCUGCUUCUGACAUUUGCAGAUUUAAAGAGAUACCGUUUCUAUUAUUGGUUUUGUUACCCUGCACUUUGUCUCCCGGAAGGCAUCCCUUUGGUUCAGCGCCUUGCUACAAGGUUCUCUCCAAUUCAGAUUCAGUCACUUCAGAGUGCUUUUGAUGAACUUUGCCAGAAAGAAGGUCAUACAGCCUUGCCUUGUUUUUUAGUCAAGUACCAUGAGGAUUCAGUUCUUGUGUCCUUGCUUAAAAACUGGGAUAAUUUCUUCCCCGAUCCAAAGCAAACAGUGACACUUGCUGUUUAUGACCCUUGUAACUUUGCCCAGUAUCCAGGAUGGCCACUGAGAAAUUUACUGGUCCUGGCAACACAACAAUGGUAUUUAUUUUUAAAUGCUGAAGUCACUGAGACUUCCUUAAAUGCCCCAUCUAUAGAUUGUCCGAAAGCGGUUGGAUGGGAGAAAAAUCAAAAAGGAAGUAUGGGCCCAAGAAUGGUCAAUCUAAGUGAAUGUAUGGAUCCCAAAAGGUUAGCAGAAUCAUCAGUGGAUCUUAAUCUUAAAUUGAUGUGCUGGCGGCUAGUACCCACUCUUGACCUGGAGAAAGUUGUGUCUGCAAAGUGUCUUCUUCUAGGAGCUGGUACGCUGGGUUGUAGUGUAGCCAGAACAUUGAUGGGAUGGGGAGUCAGGAAGAUCACAUUUGUGGAUAAUGCAAAGAUCUCUUAUUCAAACCCUGUACGGCAGCCACUUUAUGAGUUUGAAGACUGUCUUGGGGGUGGAAAGUCUAAGGCACUUGCAGCAGCAGACAGGCUUCAAAAAAUAUUCCCAGGAGUGAAUGCUGAAGGUUUCAACAUGAGCAUCCCAAUGCCAGGUCACCCAGUGAAUUUUUCUGAAGUCACCAUGGAGCAGGCUCGCAGGGAUGUGGCGCAGCUGGAAAAUCUCAUUGAAAUGCAUGAUAUCAUCUUUUUAUUAAUGGACACUCGUGAAAGCAGAUGGCUUCCAGCUGUAAUUGCAGCUAGCAAGAGGAAGUUGGUCAUCAAUGCUGCAUUGGGAUUCGACACCUUUGUGGUGAUGAGACACGGGCUGAAAAAACCCAAGCAUCAAGAGGUGGGCGAUUCUCCCUGCAAUAACCCUGCUGGAUCAGCGGAUCUUUUAGGAUCGUCACUGUUUUCAAACAUUCCUGGCUAUAAACUUGGUUGCUAUUUCUGCAAUGACGUCGUAGCACCAGGAGAUUCCACCAGGGAUCGGACAUUAGAUCAGCAAUGCACAGUCAGUCGACCAGGGUUAGCCAUGAUAGCAGGAGCCCUUGCGGUAGAGUUAAUGGUAUCAAUUUUACAACAUCCAGAAGGCGGUUAUGCUGUUGCUAGCAGUAGUGAUGACAGAAUGAAUGAACCUCCCACCUCUCUUGGGCUUGUGCCUCACCAGAUUCGAGGUUUUUUAUCAAGGUUUGAUAAUGUCCUUCCUGUCAGUCUGGCUUUUGACAAGUGUACUGCCUGUUCUCCGAAAGUCCUUGACCAGUAUGAAAGAGAAGGCUUUACUUUCCUAGCAAAGGUUUUUAAUUCAUCUCACUCUUUCUUGGAAGAUCUCACAGGUUUGACUUUGUUGCAUCAGGAAACCCAAGCAGCUGAGAUCUGGGACAUGAGUGAUGACGAAACACUGUGAAGGUCCACUCAAUGAAGUGAAUGACAGCCGAC